AAAAUUUGAAAAUAGUACUAAAAAAAAAAAAGAUUUCCAAUACAAUUUGACUGGAUUAAAACCGCAGCAGGUCCAAGAGAAGCGCAACAUUUCGAAAUUGUUAUUGAAUGUUACCUUGCCGACGCGUCAGACAUUGAUAAGAAACGGAUUUGUUUGUUGGAGGCUAGUAACAUUUUGAAAUCAUACUAAAUAUGGCCAAUAACUGGGAAAUGGAUAUAGGCAGCGAAGCAUCCGUUUACCGGGAAGAGGACCCCUGCAGAAAUGAAACAUUUCAACUACGCGAUGAGCCACUACCCCAGCUGCACAACGAAAUCCUGAUAAACAUUUUCUCCUACCUGCCUUACACGGACUUAACGCAGGCACGGUUAGUCUGCCGCCUUUGGAUGGAAGCUAUCGCACGCAAGCGCUUUUCGAACAAAUUUAGUUUGCGCAUCAAGCAGGAUAAUGUGAUAGAUAUUUGGAAGCAACUAGCACAAACAAGGCAUUUCGCAUCCGGAAUGGUGUACAGUCACGUGGAAUAUGUGGGCGCCGACAGCGCACAGCUUAAUGAAUUGCAAUUCAUACUCCAAAGCAUUGGCGCUGAUGUGCGAAGUUUAAAGUUGAAAGCAUUCUUCGAACAAAACAGCUUAUAUGCGUGCUUCCCGAAUCUUGAACGACUGGUGCUUGAGGGUGUGUAUGUAUUCCCUGCGCAGGUGCCAUUCGAAUUGAAUGCGUUUGGCAAUUUGAAAGGCAUUCAUUUUGUGGACGACUCGGUGAAACAGAGCUCAUCCGAAGCCCUACUCACUACAUGCCUACGCGAGAAUACGACGACGCAGCUAGAGGAAUUGAGUAUACGUGUUUAUGCUGAGCAUGCCGAGCUUUUCCUGUCGGUGCUGAAGGAUCAUGCGGAAACUUUGAAAAGCCUUCAUGUUGUCUACUUUGAAUCAAUGAAUGAACCCGCUUCGCUCACAACAAAAUGGGUGGAGGCAUUCGGCCAACUAAAAAAGCUGCAGAAAGUUAAAAUUUAUGCCUGCAAUACGCAGAUAUUUGAGGGAACGCUUCAGUGUUUGCAAGGGCUACCACUGCGUUACCUGGAAGUGGAUUGCCUGCGGCCGGUAAAUCCAAAUAUUUUCAAGCUAUUGGAGUCAUGCGCCAAAACGCUGGAGCACUUGGCUUUUUUUAAUUUCUAUUUACCCAAACACAUAACCGGCACGCACGUGAUAAGCGAGUGUUGCCAUAACUUGAAGAAACUCAUAUUGAGUUACACACGGCUUCUAGAGGAAGAUGAGCUGUGCUGUAUAGCAUCCAAUUUGGUGCAUUUAGAAGUUUUAGUGCUGAGAUAUUGUAAGCAUGCAGUUACCAAUAGAUCGCUGGCUGCAAUUUUUAAACACUCAACGCAAUUGCGUGAGCUGGAUCUGAGUGGCAACAAUGAUUUUAACAUUGAGGCACUUACCGGCACCGCCCACCAUCCAUAUCCGAUUCGACGUUUGCGGCGGUUGGAAAAGUUGAAUUUGAAAUCGUGUCAACAGCUAAACGACGAUGAGUUGUUGGAGACACUAAAGUUUCCUCACCUGCGUAGCCUAAGCUUUGGACGUGGCUUAUAUACUGAUCGCGGUAUUGAAGUUUUGGUAAAACAAUGCCCACUACUCGAGGAGUUGAUUAUCACCUUUUGCCCGACUUUGGGUCGCAAUGCGCUCUUUUGCAUAGCAAAAUCUUUGCCGCGCCUGCGCGUGCUGCACUUGUUACAUUGCGCGCAGGUAGACAAAUCGGUUCGACUGAUUUUAUAUAACGAAUGCCCGCUGUUGGUGGAUUUGGAAAUUUCCGAAAAACGAACGGAAGUCAAGACCUACUUUCAUCAAUGAAAUUUCUUCGCACACGAUUGACCAGGGUUUUCGAACAACACAACAGCAGUUACGAGCAUGAAAAUGUGUAGAUAGUACUUACCAAGAACUAAAAUUUGUAAAUAAAAAUCUUUCACCAAACUAACUAA